AUGAAUUUUGGGGGUGCCCGAACAGCAUCCUUUUGUGAUACAAAGGUCGACGCUCUGAAGGACUGGACCGAAGAAGAGAGGAAAAACCUUUGCAUUACUAUCUGGGUUGAUUCUAAAAACAUGAGAGUCGCAUUGUGCCCAACAAAAGAACCGAAGAAAAAGACUAUUUAUAUGCAAAAAAUCCGUGUAUCUAAAGCCGAUGAUGUAACUAAUAACUUUGACAGUCUUAGAAAUGCGUUUGCUGCUCACGGUUGCCAAGUUGUAUUCGCAACCAUGUCUUUUGCAGGCCCAGUUUCACCAGAUCAUGUCGUAGUUACUAACUGGAAAUGCGAGGCUCGCGAAAGAGUUAUUCAUUUUACAACACUUCCAUUCGAUCUUUUCCCUCUUGAUCGCAGAAAAUUCAUGAACGACUUAGAAGCCGCUUCUUAUGGUAUUAUAGCCCAUAACUUACGUCAAUCACUUCCAUCCAUAUUUGUUCCUCUCUGGGUUACUCCAACUUGCGCUCCUAUUUCAUUAGAAGGUUCUUCAUUGGUUUUAUCAAUUGGUUCUGGCUUCGGUACAUCAUACAUCUGCAGAGUUGACUCAUCCGAGCACAACUGUGUCGUUUCUUCCGAAGCAGGCCACGCACAAGCAUAUUUAUGCGAUCCAAGUGAUCCAAACUAUGACUUUGAAUACAGAUUCUUCCAGCACGCAUCACAGAAAUUACAUGGUGGCUCACACCAGCCAGAAUGGGAAGAUUUCUGCUCAAUUUCAGGCCUUGAAUUGGCUUACAGCUUCUUGAAGAUUGAAAAAGGCGAAAAAUUCGAGCACCAACCAGAUUACGAAACCAUCAGACAACUAGCUAUCAACAGCAAUGACCCAGAUGCCCUUCAAGCUUUCAAAGUUCAUUAUAGAUUUGUCAUGAGAGCUGCACAGAGCAUGGUUCUGGCCAUACACUGCCAGAGAGUCUUCAUUGUUAGUGAAUACCAGGUCAGAGCAGGCGAACUUAUGCCAGGAAUCGCCGAAGACUUAAAGAAGGAAUUUUUGAACCACCCAAGAUCAGAUUGGUUCAAGAAGAUGAACGUUUACAUCCAACAAUCUACUUCUACAUUCGCUCUUUCCGGUGGCCUCUUCCUUUCUCGUGUUUUUGCUGUUGCCCAUGCCAAACAAUCCCAUAUGGAAUAA